AGCUAAAUAGGUGGAGGAUGACUGUGCCACGCAGCACUCAAGCGGAGGAUGGCAAGGGGGCAGCCACGGCGGAACGAAGAGCCAUGGACAUCCCUGCAGAACAGAACACAGUCCAAAACAAAAAUAAAGCUCACAAGAUGUGGAAAGAUUACCCUAGUCAUCUUAAUGACAGUGGUUGCUGCAGUAGUAAUUGGACUCAUUGCCUAUUUUGUCGCCUGUGGAAAGGCACCUUUCUACUACCAUGUCAGCUUUAAAGUUAACAACAUUGACUAUGACAGCAAAUUUGCAAAGCCAUAUUCUCAGGAAUAUAUGGACCUAAACAAAAAGAUAGUGUCUUUGAUGAAUGAAACAUUCCAUGAAUCAAAACUGAGAAAACAGUACGUCAAAUCUCACACUGUCCAAGUAAGCAAAGCCAAUGGGAAAGUAGUGUUACAUGUUGUGCUGAAAUUUAAAGCCUGUUAUAGCAAUAAUGUAGAAAAAUUCUGGGACAGCGUUGAAACCAUUUUGUAUCAGAAGCUCAAAGGCCAAACUGGAUUACUUAUAGAUUUUUACUCAUUUAAAUUUUCAGACAUUGCAAUGCCUAUAGCAGAAGAUCUUCUCAAUACAUGCUGUGGACGACGCACAAUUACUCCCUCAGGCCACAAAGUAGCAGGAGGCCAGGAUGCUGAGGAAGGGGAAUGGCCCUGGCAAGCAAGCCUUCAACAGAAUAGUGUCCACCGAUGUGGAGCCACUCUGAUUAGUAACAACUGGCUUAUCACUGCUGCUCACUGUUUCAUAAGGGAUGCAAAUCCAAAAGACUGGAAAGUUAGUUUUGGGCUUCUUUUAAGUAAACCACAAGCACAACGAACUAUCAAGAAUAUUAUAAUCCAUGAGAACUACAGUUACCCUGCACAUGACAACGACAUAGCUGCUGUGCGCCUGUCUUCGCCGAUAUUAUUUGCAAGCAACAUCCGAAGGGCAUGUUUACCAGAAGUGACCCAGAAGUUCCCGCCCAACUCAGACGUGGUGGUCACUGGAUGGGGAACACUAAAGUCUGACGGAGAAAGUCCUAACAUACUCCAGAAAGGAAGAGUGAGGAUUAUAGAUAACAAGACCUGCAACAGUGGAAAGGCCUAUGGCGGUGUGAUCAAACCUGGAAUGCUGUGUGCUGGCUUCCUGGAGGGCCGUGUUGAUGCCUGCCAGGGUGAUUCAGGCGGACCAUUGGUUAGUGAGGAUUCUAAGGGCAUCUGGUUCCUUGCUGGAAUUGUAAGCUGGGGAGAUGAAUGUGCACUUCCAAACAAGCCUGGUGUCUACACUCGGGUAACAUACUACCGAGACUGGAUCACAUCGAAAACUGGUGUCUAGUGUGGUUGUUCUCUAUAGAGCAAAGUUCAAAAGUUGUAGAUCCGUUAAAUAAGUUUGUAAUCCCCAAAACCACAUUUCCUUAGAUAUUUUUCUUGUUUUACAAAUUUAGACAGAAAAUUUAAAGGCAUGAAGUUUUAGGUUUAAGACUUUUUUAUUAAAGUUUGACAAAUCUUUAGUGAGAUUAUGAACCAAAGUAUAUAAUUUUCUCCUUUACUCAUCUUUGGGUUGGAUAUAGUUAUAGGAGUGAAUAUGGUUUUUUAUUUAUUAAGGAAAAU